CAUAACCUGGCGGGACGCACUGUGGACCAGUGGAUGCUGUUGGAGGAGGUGGCCUUUCAAAUUCUAGAUUAGUUUUCUCCGUUUUACCGAAACAUAUUUCACUUUUUCUCAAAAGAUCCACCUCCUUCUUCAAGUUAAGAAGAUUUGUUCUGAGGCUAUCAGGAUUCUAAUAAAUUAUUCAAAUUUUGAGAAGGCUUUUUACAAGUUUGUAGAUCGCUCGGCAAGAAAUCCUAAACUAAAGACGGCGGGUCAAGUCAAUAUUUGGACGUUUGCUUCACUGUUAUAUUGUAAAUAAGAUCAUUUACUACUGGCGCUCCAAGCAAGGUAGAUCAUGGCUGAUAAUGAGCAAACUGGAGAAAAGGCAGAGUUGGAGGACAUCCAACUGCAAGAUAUGCAGGAAGCACAUGGCAAACAAGCCAGUCACCCUGUUUCUAGUGAGCCCCCAGAAGAGCCAUCAGACAGUACCAAAAAAGCUCUGAUCACAAAAGGAAGCAAGAGAGAAAAGAAAAAGGGGAACAAAGAAAAGAAGCUUGAUGAUCUGAAACAAGAGUUGGAAGUGGAUUGGCAUAAGGUCCCACUGGAAGCACUUGUGAACCGAUUAGAUUCCUCUGUUGAAAAGGGUUUAUCCCAAGAAGAAGCUGAAGUCCGGCUUGAGCGGGAUGGACCCAAUUGCUUAACCCCCCCUCCCACCACACCUGAAUGGGUCAAAUUCCUCAAGUUGUUGUUUGGGGGAUUCUCUUUGCUGCUAUGGGUUGGAGCAAUUUUCUGCUACAUUGUCUAUAGCAUCAAGAUGUCAGUAGAGGAAGAACCACCACAGGAUGAUCUGUACCUUGGUGUCACUCUUACUUUUGUUGUGGUCGUCACAGCUUGCUUUUCAUACUACCAGGAAUCAAAAAGUUCUAAGAUCAUGGACAGCUUUAAAAACAUGGUCCCCCAGGAAGCAACAAUUUUACGGGAUGGUAAAAAGGUUGUGAAGAAUGCAGAGCAAGUUGUGAUUGGUGACAUCAUAUUUGUUGCCAUUGGAGAUAGGGUGCCUGCCGACAUCAGAGUGAUUGAGUCCAAGGGCUUCAAGGUUGACAAUUCAUCCUUAACUGGAGAGUCUGAACCACAAGCUCGUGGCCCUGAGUUCACCCAUGAAAAUCCUCUGGAAACCAAGAACUUGGCCUUCUUCUCAACCAACGCUGUGGAAGGUACCUGUACUGGUAUCGUCGUCCAGACCGGAGACAACACUGUGAUGGGGCGUAUUGCUGGCCUGGCUAGUGGUCUUGGAUCUGGAAAGACUCCCAUUGCCAUUGAGAUUGGUCAUUUCAUUCACAUCAUUACUGGUGUGGCUGUUGCAUUAGGUGUUACGUUCUUCAUCAUUUCACUGGUUCUUGGCUACACCAUACUUCAAGCUGUUAUCUUCUUGAUUGGUAUCAUUGUGGCUAAUGUCCCUGAAGGUCUCCUGGCAACCGUCACUGUGUGUCUAACCUUAACUGCUAAGCGCAUGGCUGCAAAGAACUGCCUUGUAAAGAACCUGGAAGCUGUAGAAACACUUGGUAGCACCUCCACCAUCUGCUCUGACAAGACAGGAACCCUCACCCAAAACAGAAUGACAGUCGCUCAUAUGUGGUUUGACAACAAGACCUUUGAAGCUGACACCACAGAAGACCAAUCUGGAACAGCAAUGGAAAAGACAGAGACCUGGACCGCCCUAGGACGUAUAGCUGGACUGUGUAACAGAGCUGAGUUUGUGUCUGGACAGGAUAACGUAGCUGUGCUGAGACGGGAUACUAUGGGGGGUAAUGCCUCAGAAGCUGCCCUUCUCAAAUGUGUUGAGCUUCAAGUUGGAAGCGUUACAAAAAUGAGAGAAGAGUUCCAUAGAGUGGCAGAGAUCCCCUUCAACUCCACCAACAAGUAUCACGUCUCUAUCCACGAGAUCAAUGAUGAGAACUCGACAUAUUCGCAUCACUUGCUGAUGAAAGGAGCCCCUGAACGUGUGUUGGACCGCUGCAGCACUAUUCUCAUCAAGGGAGAAUUAAUGCCUUUGGAUGAUGAUAUGAAGCAGGCGUUUGAGAUGGCAUAUCUUGAUCUAGGCGGCAUGGGAGAGCGUGUCUUAGGCUUUGCACAGCAUUAUUUGGAUAAGGAGAACUUCCCAAUCGGCUUCGAAUUCGAGACUGAUGAACCCAACUUCCCAGUGGAAGGCCUCUGCUUUGUGGGUCUUAUGUCCAUGAUUGACCCGCCCCGAGCUGCUGUGCCGGAUGCUGUCGCUAAGUGCCGCAGUGCUGGUAUUAAGGUCUUCAUGGUGACUGGUGACCACCCUAUCACGGCUAAAGCCAUCGCUCAGGGUGUUGGCAUCAUCUCUGAAGGUACAGAAACUGUUGAAGACAUUUCUCUUCGACUCGAGAUACCUGUUGAAGAAGUAGACAAGUCUCAGGCCGACGCUAUCGUUGUUCAUGGUGGAGAACUUAAGGACAUGACUGACAAAGACAUAGAUGACAUCUUGAAGAAUCACAAAGAGAUCGUUUUUGCAAGAACUUCACCACAGCAGAAGUUAAUCAUUGUAGAGGGCUGCCAGAGAAAUGGGGCGAUUGUAGCAGUAACUGGUGACGGUGUCAAUGACUCUCCUGCCCUGAAAAAGGCAGAUAUCGGAAUCGCUAUGGGUAUUUCUGGCUCGGAUGUAUCCAAGCAGGCCGCUGACAUGAUCCUUCUUGAUGAUAACUUUGCUUCAAUCGUCACUGGUGUUGAAGAAGGUCGCCUUAUCUUCGACAACUUGAAGAAGUCCAUCGCAUACACCCUGACCAGUAACAUCCCGGAAAUCACGCCCUUCCUCAUGUUCAUCGUGGCCGGAAUCCCCCAACCCUUGGGUACCAUCACUAUCCUGUGCAUUGAUCUCGGUACCGACAUGGUGCCCGCCAUCUCACUCGCGUACGAAGAGGCCGAGAGUGACAUUAUGAAGAGAAUGCCUCGUGACCCUCGCACGGAAAAGCUUGUCAACGAGAGAUUAAUCUCCAUGACCUAUGGUCAGAUUGGUUUUAUGCAGGCAUCCGCUGGUUUCUUGACUUAUUUUGUCAUCAUGGCCGAGAAUGGCUUCUUGCCCGGAGAUCUAUUUAAUAUCCGUGGUCUUUGGGAAGACAAGACAAACAACACCCUACUAGACAGCUAUGGACAAGAAUGGGGAUACGCCCAGCGGAAGGUUCUCGAAUUCACUUGCCACUCCGCUUUCUUCGUGAGUAUCGUGGUGGUGCAGUGGGCGGACCUUAUUAUCUGUAAGACAAGAAGGAACUCCAUCAUCACACAGAAGAUGAACAACCACAUUUUGAUUAUCGGCUUGAUAUUUGAGACGGCUCUUGCUGCAUUCUUGCUCUACACACCAGGAUUGUCAACAGCGCUCUCCCUCUACGGACUCAAUGCAUCCUGGUGGUUCAUUGGUGUGCCUUACAGCAUUCUCAUCUUUGUCUACGACGAGGUUCGUCGCUACAUCUUGCGCAAGUACCCAGGGGGUUGGGUUGAGCAAGAAACCUACUACUAAUUCAUCAUUCCGGAUCACCGCUGGCCCCAUUGACAAAGUUAUCCGAGUUUGAUUUUGAAAUUCAAUUUAAAAUUUCAUUUUAUUUUUUUUUUUAUUUCCUGUAAUUAUUUUCCAUUUUUAUACAAUUAUUUAUGAACGAAUAAUUUUAUGCACCCAUCCAUAGUGCAUUCUUAUGCAACGCGAAAAAAAAUAUUGAGGAAUUAUCGUGCAUAUAUUAUACAAUUUAUUGUGUGAGCUUGAACUAACAUUAUAAGUCUGAUCAGUCACCGCUUCACUUGUCCUUUCGGUGUUUUGUGAGUGAAACUGAAUUGAACGCUAACGAAUUUUUUACACAAAUUAAAAUGUUUGUAAAUUUUCUUUAGGGCUCUUCUGUCCCUUGAUUAUGUAAAACAAAUUACUGAUCAUUAAUAAAAUAAACUCUGAAUUUG